UCGAGCGUGGUCGCUUUUCAUUGGCCGACGAGUGUCGACCAAUCGGUGUGCUCCAUCUGUCUGCUACGGCGGCGGCUAACUCGGCAACCACGUCCGCUGUUCAAGGCAUUAUCGGCUAGUUCGCCUGUGAGUGAGCAUCGUUGUCGUCGUCGUCGAGCGGACUUUCGUUGUCCCGGCGUCUGAAAAUGCGGUCCUUCUGCUCGUUUUUGCUUCUGUUGGUGGUCACCCUCGCCGCCGCGGACGUCUACUUCGAGGAGAAAUUCCCGGAUGAUUCCUGGGAGGAGAAUUGGGUGUACUCCGAGCAUCCCGGAAAGGAGUUCGGAAAAUUCGUUUUGAGUCAUGGAAAAUUCUGGAACGAACCAGAGAAUGACAAAGGUAUUCAAACGUCUCAGGAUGCUAGAUUCUAUGCGCUCAGCAGGAAAUUCAAACCGUUCAGCAAUAAGGAUAAACCGCUGGUUGUACAGUUCUCUGUUAAACAUGAACAGAACAUCGAUUGCGGAGGUGGAUACGUGAAGGUAUUCGACUGCUCGUUGGACCAGAAGGACAUGCACGGAGAGUCUCCAUAUCAAAUUAUGUUCGGACCUGAUAUUUGCGGACCCGGAAUAAAGAAGGUCCACGUGAUCUUCUCUUACAAAGGCAAGAAUCUGUUGAUCAAUAAGGAAAUUCGUUGCAAGGACGAUAUCUACACCCACUUGUACACUCUGAUCGUGAAACCGGACAAUACAUACAAGGUUUUGAUCGACAAUGAGGAAGUUGAAUCUGGUGAAUUGGAAGCCGAUUGGGAUUUCCUUCCACCGAAGAAGAUCAAAGAUCCGAACCAGAGCAAACCACAAGACUGGGAUGAUAAGCCAACGAUUCCUGAUCCGGAUGAUAAGAAGCCGGACGACUGGGACAAACCUGAACACAUUCCCGAUCCAGAGGCCAGCAAGCCUGCAGACUGGGACGACGAAAUGGAUGGAGAAUGGGAAGCACCCAUGAUCGACAAUCCCGAUUACAAAGGUGACUGGCAACCGAAACAGAUCGACAAUCCUAACUACAAGGGACCGUGGAUUCACCCAGAGAUCGAUAACCCCGAGUACACUCCUGACCUAGAGUUGUACAAGAGGGACGAGAUCUGUGCCAUCGGUUUCGAUCUGUGGCAAGUGAAGUCGGGCACGAUUUUCGACAACAUCCUGAUCACCGACGACCCAGAGCUCGCUCGUAAAGUCGGCGAAGAAGUCUGGAAACCCACUCUCGAGGGAGAGAAGAAGAUGAAGGAAGCUCAGGAUGAGGCGGAACUGAAACAGAGAGAAAAGGAGAGCAAAGAAAACGAGGACAACAAGGAUGACGACGAAGACGAGGACGCUGAUGAGGAGGAGAACAACAACGUCCCUGAUGCUGAGGAGCACGACGAAUUGUAAAUAGCGUGUCGACAGACACGAAUACAGACUGUAUUCCAGGAGCUGUGUGGCCGCGCGACACCAUAAAAAAUUCGAAACAGAAUAAAAAAGGAGAUCCCUUGAAUUAAAGUUUAUCACCAUACUAAAACGAUCGGACAAAAGCUCAUCUGCAAACAAAAGUAGUUUCGUUUCCUUUUUCUGAACGUGGCCUCGUCUCCGUAGCCUAAAACGUUUCACAUAAAACCUAGUCUUCGUUCCACCGAACUGCCUGCAGCGACGAACGUCAUGGGAAUAAGAGAAAAAUGAAAGUGCUCGAGCUGCGUACUGCCAAGAGGUACGCUUAAGAUUCUAACGGAGAAGGAACCAUAAAUUUGUAUACACGUACGAAGCGGUAUAUGAGUAUGUAUUAUAGUAGAAGGUCCAUCUUGCCCGCCCGUGUCCCUACCAUGGCACAGCUCCACAAAAAGACUCUAAGUUGUUCCGUUUUUGUUUGUCAAGUGUUUUUAUAUACAAUUGAAAGAUAAUAUGAAGAUGUAAUUUAAUGACACUAUAUUAUAUAUAUAUAUACAUGUAUAAAUAUAUAUAUAUUAUUUCAAUUUCCGUACAGUGUACGCGCGUAUUAAAAGAAACAGCUCGCUCCAGUUUAAAAUGUAAGAGUGAUGAUUGGAUGUGUGCAGACAUGACUGAAUGAUAUAUAAAUAUAAAUACGAUUGGUAUGAUUAUGUAUCAAAUGCAAAACAAAGCUGAGUAACCGAUGUAAUAAAAUAAAUAAGACUUUUCUAGACGUG